AUGUCGAAAUUGCCUCCACAGUUAUUAGAAUGGCUCUUUCGUGUGCUCCAGCCUGAGUACAGCAAUCCGGUUUUGGCAUACCAGGAUAUCUCGCUGAUAUUGACCUGUUUCCCAUACCUCAAAGUCAAGACAGACGUCCAUGUCAUUGAUUUGGGCAAAGAGGAAUUGAUGGUCAAAGUGUACGGAACAAACGAGCAGGAGGUCACUUUUGAAAUAUGGAUUCCCCAUGAGUAUCCACGAAUGGCCCCACUGAUUUACAUAAAGGCCGGAGUAGGAAGACAGGUGGUGCCGAACAACUACCUGGACGCCAACGGCAGGUUCUACCAUCCGUUUUUGAGCGAUUGGAUGCGCAUCUUUGGACAGGACGUAUCCAACGACGGAACACCCCCGAAAAACAACCGACUGCUGAGAUUGGUGGAGAUUUUCCUGGAUACAAUACAGAAGUAUCCUCCCAUUAGCAACUCCAACAGUACACCUCCGAUUCCAAAACUUCCACCGAAACCCGCUUCUCCCACACCAGUUGAGGCUCCUCAGCUGACCAAGCAGAAGAUCAAUCUCAUGAGUAUGCCAGCAGAUAAGCCCGCACAGGUCUCGAAACCACCGUUGCUGCCGCCUAACCCAAACCGUAGCCAGGUGAUAAAUAGCCUGAAAAUUACGCUUGAAGGCGAGAAAUCCAAACUUAUAAACACAUUUGAUACAGAAACACUUCAAAGGCUGAUAAAUCUACAGAAUGAGCUCUUGAAGCUUACAGAAAGAACAAUCAAUGACAGAAAUUACCUGUCGUUUCUUUCAGAAACCAUAUCCAAACAGGACAAGCUGUUAGAGGUCAAAACAGAGGAAAUGGCCCAUUUGAAUGACAAUCUUGAAAAGAGCUACGACGAGAGCGUGGCUAACUUUGACUCGCACUUAGUAGCAGAAACUCCGGUCUUCAACCAGCUCUACGAGCUGGUUACAAAGCUGAAGGCCCUGGAAGACCUAUUCUACAAUCUUGACAAGCUCCACGACUCUGGAAAGCUAAAAUUUGACCUGUAUCUCAAAAAUGCGCGCCAGAUUGCACGCGAGCAAUGUCUUCUCAAACUGCACAUCGAGAAGCUGGCGCAAAUCUGCUCCCUCGAUACGGCCUGA